AUGACUGGAAGAGACAUCAUCAUUCCUCCAGAUGCCACUUUUACAGCAGAAAUGAUAAUGAAAACCAACUCAUACUUACUACCUAAUUCCAAGGUAAAACUAGUAACUAAAAUAAAGUCUACAGAAGAAGAGGAAGAACUUACUGCAGAAGAAAGGAGGAAACUGGAAAGAAAAUUGAAAAAAGAACGUAAGAAGAAGGAAAAACAGCUGAUGAGGGAAGCUGGGAUCUCUACUAAAAAGGUGGAACCUAAAAAGCCAUCAGGAUCUGAGCUGGCUCUGGCCUAUUUAACCAGGUGGUCUGAAAACCCAGAAGAAUGGAAGUUUCAAAAGACAAGACAAACCUGGCUUCUCCUGCACAUGUAUGAUAAAGAGAAGGUUCCAGACAAGUAUUUCACCAUUUUACUGGAUUAUCUGCAAGGGCUUCAAGGCAGUGCACGAGACCUAACUGUGGAAAAAGCUGAAGCUUUCAUGAAGGAGUUUGAUGGUUCUGAUGCAGAAGACCCAAACCUGUUGGAGAAGUGUGAGCGCAUACGACAAGUUCUGCAGCUUCUGUCCUGA